AUGGCUGAAGAGAAGCCGUCCGUCCUCAUUAUUGGAGGCCUGGGCUAUAUCGGCCGCUUCCUCGCCCAACACAUUCACCAGAACAACCUUGCGUCCGAGAUGCGACUCGUUGACAAGGUGCUGCCCCAGCUUGCCUGGCUGGCUCCUGAAUUCUCCGAGGCUUGCUCCCAGAGCAACUUUAUGCAAGCCGAUGCCAGCAAACCAGAGGCUCUAGUUAAAGUAUUUGACCGAUCCGACGGCAAACAGUGGGACUAUGUCUUCAACUGCGGUGGCGAGACGAGAUAUUCCCAGGAAGAUGAAAUUUACAAGCUGAGAUCCUUGGAGCUUUCCAUUGCUGUCGCAAAGGAGGCCGCCAAAAGGAAAGUAAAGGCCUUUAUUGAGCUGAGCACAGGCAUGGUGUACAAGCCCGACUCAUCGCCGAGCAAAGAGGGGGACAAAUUGAAGCCGUGGAGCAAGAUUGCCGUUUUCAAACUGCAGGCAGAGGAGGAGCUCGCCAAGAUUGAAGGGCUUAAUCUUGCGAUUGUCCGCCUAGCUCAUGUAUAUGGUCCGUAUGCCUCUCAGUGGGUUGCAACGGCCCUGUGCAUGGCUCGCGUUUACCAGCACAUCGAAGGAGAAAUGAAGUGGCUGUGGACCAAGGACUUGCGGACUAACACGGCGCACAUCCACGACGUAACACGAGCCCUUUGGGACACUGCCGUUUGGUACGACGCUGGCAAAGCCAACUGGAAAGAGGCCGAGAUGGGCAAAGUGCCGAUUUUCAACGUAGUGGACAAGGGCACCACCACGCAGGGAACCAUGGCUGAAAUUAUUGGCGAGAUUUUCAAAAUCGAAACGGGAUUCCAGGGAACGUUGAUUAGUAGUUUUGCGAAGCUGAACCUGGAAAGCGUGGUGGAUGAUGUCAAUGACGAGGUACUCGGCCCUUGGGCUGAUCUAUUGGCUGAUGCUGGCAUCACACGACCCGGCCCCCUGACACCCUUUAUGGAGAAGGAGCUUCUCAAAGACACAGACCUCAGCAUGGACGGUAGCCGGCUGGAAACUGUUUUGGGCUUCAAGUACGAGAAACCCGCCGUCACAAAGGAGCUGAUUGAGGAAGUGAUCGAGAGCUACAAGAGGAUGAAGUGGUGGCCAUGAGGGCAAGAACAAGCAAAACACCACGCAGCAAAUGAGUGUGAGAAGCCAGAAUUAUAGCCACUUCGACACCGGGGCUCCUAUUGCUUUCGCAAGUACGCAUAUCUGAGAAAGAGCAAGCGGCUGAUUGAUGCCUACGCAAACCUUGUGGUUGAACAGCUUGUGGACGAGCAUGAAUGACCCUCGGAACCUACAAAAGCCAUGUGUGACGGUCUUGCAUUCAUAGCGAUAAUGACUUGAAGAUUUAGAGCGAGCCAGAAAGGGAGUUCGUUAAUGUACCAAUAGAUAUCCACAGGGUUCCGAGAGAGCAGCAUGAUAUCCGUCUGGAAACUGAGGUCAAUGACAGAUGCUGGGCUUGUCUUUUUAUUACAAUUUCUUUUCUUCUUCUUUUCUUUUACUUUUCAUGACCUUGUUUGUCUCUGGUUUCGGCUUUCUAAAGACGUGAAGGACUGGUGGAGAAGCUGUUGGAAUGCGGGUAAUGGUUGUUUCUAUGGUUUAGUAUCUACUUGUCCAGUUGUAGUAUCUACAUGGAGAUGGAUUAUUCUUUACUCUUUUUUUUUCUCUGGAACUUGUUGAUUAAUGAAUUUAUCUUGCGGAAACAUGUAUGUUUUUUUCUUGGCCCAUCUCUAGUCUGUAUUCCUAGCUUUGUUCAUCUUUGUUCUCCCUGUGAGCUUGCCUUGCUUAGGAGACAAUGUCUGGGUGUGGGCUGGUGCCUUGGCGCUGUACCUACGCCCAAAACAGUAGGUGUCGGUCUCAAUCAGGAUUUGAAUUAC